AUGGCGGCCGUCGUGGAGAGAGUUGAUGGAUGUGUUGGGUCCUUGGACGCAGACGCGGUGUCACCGAGACAGUCCUCUCCUCCACCGGACCAGCCGCACCAGAACAACCCGCUGUUAGGACUACCCAUUGUAGCCAUUGAGACGAUUCUCAAUUUUAUGUCUUACGACGAAAUCAGCUUGCUGCGCUCGGUGUGUAAGCGCAUGGACAUGAUCUGCCAGCGUGUCCUGAAUCAGGGCUUCCUGAAGGUGGAGCGUUACCACAGCCUGUGUCAGAGGCAGGUCAAAGCCCAGCUGCCCAGGCGAGAGUCGGAAAGGAGAAACCAUUCACUGGCUCGUCAUGCUGACAUUCUGGCUGCCGUGGAGACGCGCCUUUCUCUGCUCAACAUGACCUUCAUGAAAUAUGUUGACUCCAACCUCUGCUGCUUCAUCCCUGGAAAGGUGAUAGAUGAAAUUUACCGCGUGCUGCGCUAUGUGAACUCCACUCGAGCACCCCAGCGAGCUCACGAAGUUCUCCAGGAGUUGAGGGAUAUUUCCUCCAUGGCCAUGGAGUACUUUGAUGAGAAAAUUGUCCCCAUCCUGAAGAAGAAGCUGCCAGGGGCUGACCUGUCCGGCCGCCUUAUUGGCUCUGCACCAGUGGCAGGUCCAUCUACCUCCCUGACCACCAUGUCCCUGCUGGCCAAAAACACACCGUCACGCUCUGAGAUGACCAAGGUGCAGCAGCAGGUGAAGGUGAACGGGGCAUCAAUGACAGUCCUGCGAAGGGAGAUGCAGGAAAUUCGUGUCAAGCAGCUGGAACAGCAGAAGCAGCUGCAGGACCAGGAGCAGAAGCUGCUGGAACAGACACAGGUGAUUGGAGAGCAGAAUGCUCGCCUCGCUGAGCUGGAACACAAGCUCCGCGAACUGAUGGACAGUAGUUCCGCUGCUAUGGGGGGACCGAGGUCCAGCACAGCCGCCCCCUCCACAUCCAGCACCACUGCUGUGUCUUCCACUGCUGCCAGCACAUCUGUCAGCGUGUUGGCAAGUGGCAGCACGGCUGCAGCCUCUCUCUCCAGAGAGCCAGAGGGUGAGGGAGGCUCAUCGCUCAAGCGCAGCAGAAAGAGCUCAGACCUUCCACGACAGUCCAAACGGCUGCGCAGCAAGAAAUAAGAGACUCAGUGUGUCAUUUAGUUUUUGGUUUCGAGGUCUGACUGAUCACACCUUUAUCCCCACAGCAACACUCAUGACCUGUACUGUCUGUGAGAUGAGUCAGUAGUAUCCCUGUAUGCUUUGCCAGUGUUCUCUGCCCCCCCAUACACACGCACACACACACACACACACACACACACACACACACACACACACACACACACACACACACACACACACACACACACACACACACACACACACACACACACACACACAUAUCAUGUACUGCAAACACUUCCUGUAUGUGCUGGAUUUGACAAUAGUGUUAAAUGACACUGAACCCAGAACAUCAACAUUGACAGGGUCAACAUUUGAAGUCUUCUAUAUUUUUUCUUCUUGUCAUCAAAUCCCAUGUGCAGACCCAAAGCAGCCACAUGUUGGUUAUGUUAGUUAAAUGGAUAGAACAGCUGUGAGGUGACAGGAAACAGAGGCAGAGAGAGAAAAGGAAUGACAUGCAACACGAUCAGACAUGGUGGUUACAUGACAUGUGUCUUAACCAGGGCAAGCCACCAAUACUUUCAGUGAUUGCAUUUUGAUAAAAAAAGCUCAGAAGUUUCCUAAACAGCCACUCUGUAGUUUUUAGCAAACGUCACUCAAAUAGGAGGAAAGCUGCUUGCAUCAUUGAUGUUUUUAACAAUAGAGCUCUGUAGCAAUAACAUAUACUUGUAUACUUGUAAGUAGAUCAGUUGAUUGUUGGUUUGGUUCUGCACAUGAGAUUUGUUAACAACAAUUAAAAAAAAACAUAAUCAUGCCUAUCCUCAUCAUGUGUUAGCCACUUAACUAAAUCAGAGUAUAGGCAGGUGGCUGGCCAUUUGUAGCUAAGAAGAGUAUUUAAUGAAGGUUCAAUUAAAAUGACUCUAUAGCUUUUUCUUUUUUUCUAAGAGGAACAUAUGUUCCCAAAAAAAAUUGGAAUUACAAAACUUAAAUUCAGAUGAUCUGUAGACUACUUUCACAGCAUUUUGACUUGUUAAAGCAGGACAAGCACUGAUAGAUGUAAUAACAUUAAUGAUGCCUGCAUUCCAUUGAGGUGAGCUAGUUCUAGGCUCAACAACUGAAGUGACUUACUGGGAUAAUUUAAUGGAAUGGAGCAGUUGUUAUUGUCAUUAUUUACAAUUGUGCUUUUCAUCAUUUCAAGUCAAAAUGUCAGCUGAGAGAAGGCUCACGUUGGUGAACAGAAGUCAUGGUACAUGUGAUUAAUGCAGUUCUCGUUCCUGAAAUAAAAUCUACUAAACAAUUUUAUUUCAGAAACAUGCACAACUAAAAGGAUGUUGCAGUAAAAAUAUGGCAUCACAGCGGUCCUUGUAUUACAAAUUGAAGAAACUGGACCUUAUUGAAGUUGCAUGUUAGGGGUAAUCUGUGAUCUCCUCUCCAUUUUCACAUGGCUCAGAAGAAUCCAUCAGCAUCUAUUUCAUUCACACUUGCUUCUUCCUAACUGUGCAAUAAAAAUAAUUUCAAAAGUAAUAAGCAAUUUAUAUUUCCCACUAGUAGCUUGGUUGUUCUAUCCGAAGCUGCGGCUAAUAUCAGUUCAGUUUGAUCUGAUCACUUGAUGAACCACCACAGUUCAGAAGGAAAACCGGCAGUGUUCAGGCAGUGUCAUCUUCUUCAUGUUGCCUCUUGCCUUCUCUGCCUGGCAGAGGAUGUAACAUAGAGGUAGAUAUUCAUUGUGAAGGGAUUUUACUUUCCAUUGUGCCUCAGUAACCAACUGACAGAUAUCAUUGUCCUCUGAUCCAUAGACAUGCAGCAGUGAUAAUGUAAGCCACACCUCUGCUGUGUGUGGAAAUAAUCAUUACUUUAAAAGGUUUCCAUCGAGAGAGGACGUUUUUCUAGCUCUGGUGUGCAUGAAAGCACCUGAUGCAUCACUUUUACAUGACAAGUUACUGUAUGUGUUGUGCUGAGGAGGUCAAUUCUAACUGCUCUCCAAUGACAAAACAAUGUUGGCAUCUUCCAUUUAAGGAUCAUACCAGGGUUUUUACAUAUUUCAGCCCAUUAUGUACAGCUCAAUACAAUUUUACACAGUACACCGUUACAUUUUUUAUGUGUUGUUUUGACAGCCAUUGAGUUCCAUUCAUUUUACUGAAGACACUUGCAUGUAGCUGUUCUCAUCUCUCCUCCAAAUUCACUUUAUCGAUAUCUGAGAAAUACACAGAACAGUGAGGAAUUCAUGCUUUGUUUUAUUCCAACAGUUGUUCUUGAAUCUGACCAAACAUAUUAACUUUAGAUCACUUGUUAGCUUUUUCUAGCACUUUCAACCACAUCUCGUAGUCUUCAUCAGUGCGUGAUGUGACAAUUCCAUCCAAUGAGAAGACCUACUGAAAGCUCUGGAGAAAGCUAAAAGUGACUUUGGGUUCAGAGUCACGAACAUGAAAACAUGAAAACAUGAAAACAUUUCCACUUCCUAGCUUUUCUUCAAAGCUUUCACUUCAUCUCUAACACAGUUUGGUCUAUUUCCCAGGACACCAAGCAACUUUCACUUUCAUUUCUUGAUAUUUUGGAGUUUAUAGAGACUGAGUCAAAUCAUCAUGUUAACACAUCUCAAGUCUCUGAUUACUCCAACAGAUACUCAGUGUUAGUCAUUAUUUGUGGUGAAUGGGUGAAAACAGAGAAAAAACACUUGUAUGGUCCUUUUAAAAGCCAAAGUAGAAAAUAUGUAAAAUAUAAAAAAUGUAUACAUUUAAAGGGUCCAGUCACCAAAAACCAUGGCUCACUUCCUCUCUAAUAGUAUCUCUCAUGCAGAUCAGUUUUGACUCACUUGUCCAUAUUUAGAGAUAAUUCUUGAGGGAAGUGAAGAAAUAUACUUUUGAUCCUUUAAAUAGUGUCACUUUUUUUCUUUCUUUUCUUUUCUUUUUUUUAAAUGUUGCAGCACCAUCUUUGAAAUAGAAGUUUAAAAUCAGCCCGUUGCAAUUAGUGUAAGGAAGCUACCAAAACUUGUGACUGGUUUGCAGUGACAGUAGAGGGCUGCUGGAAAUGUUGUUCAAUGUUUGUGCUCAGAGUCAGCUGACAUAGUUUCCCCAGUUUCCUGCAGUUCAAAAAGAAGAAUAUGAGCUCCCCCUGUGCAGCAACACUGUUCCUCUCCUGUACAAACUCGUCUCUUGCCUUGUGAGGUUAGGUUCGCUGUGAGCCCAUAUUGUGGCUGAACUUUGUUUGUUUUUGUUUUGAAGCUUUUCUGUUGUUUGGAUGACCUGAACCACUCAUGGCAUGAACUUUUGGUAAAGAAACCUUGCAAAUGCAGUUCACAUCUGUGUGAACACUGGCGUGUAUUAUAAAGACACUGGGCAGCAAAUCACAAGAAGAUGUAAUCUAGUGGCUUAAUUUGAGACUGCGUCUCAGUUUAGAAAAUUGUACUGUAAUCUUCAUGUACUUCAAAGUGUAGAUUGUGAAUUAUUUCAUGUAUGUAUACCAAGAAAACUAUCUUUUGAGUUGGCCAACUUGGGGCUAACUGUACGAUUUUGUUGCACACGUUACUGUUACAAAUGUACAAAUCAAACCUAUUAAAACUCAACUUA